ACCCCUCUAAAGACAAAACCCUAAUUUUUUUAAUUUUUAUUGAAGCGGCAAGCUCAAACUUUUCCGGCAGCUCUAACUCUACUCUCCGGUCUCACUUGACAAUGCUGCUUCAACAAACACCGUCAAAACUACUCGUCACCAGUUCCUCCGACUUCAGCUCCGCCUUCCCAAAGCGUAAAAAUAGCAUUUGCUUCUUAAUGGACAAACACAAAGACAGACGGUUUAAUCCAAUUUUGAUUUGCAGAGCUUCGGGAAACUCCCAUGAAACCUCAUCUAUCAGUAAAAAUGAGGAGUGUUCUGUACAUGGAGUAUCCGAGAUUACUGUGGGUGUUCUGGGUGGUGGUCAGUUGGGUCGUAUGCUGUGUCAAGCAGCUUCACAAAUGGCUAUUAAAGUAAUGGUUUUGGACCCACUUGAGAAUUGCCCAGCUAGCUCUCUUGCUUAUCAUCAUAUGGUUGGCAGCUUUGAUGAUAGUGCCACAGUUGAGGAAUUUGCUAAAAGAUGUGGAGUGUUGACUGUUGAGAUUGAACAUGUUGAUGUUGCUACGUUGGAGAAACUUGAGAAGGAAGGGGUUGAUUGCCAACCUAAAGCUGCUACUGUUCGAAUUAUCCAAGAUAAAUAUCUUCAGAAGGUUCAUUUUUCUCGCCAUGGAAUUCCUCUUCCUGAGUUCAUGCAGAUCGAUGAUUUAGAAAGUGCAAAAAGAGCAGGUGAUUUAUAUGGCUAUCCUCUUAUGCUUAAGAGCAGAAGGUUAGCCUAUGAUGGGCGUGGAAAUGCAGUUGCUAAAAGUGAAGUAGACCUUUCUUCUGCCGUCGCUGCUCUUGGCGGUUUUGAUCGUGGUUUGUAUGUUGAGAAAUGGGCACCUUUCAUAAAAGAAUUAGCGGUCAUUGUCGCAAGAGGCAGAGACAAUUCUAUUUUGUGCUAUCCUGUUGUUGAAACCAUUCACAAGGAAAGCAUUUGUCACAUAGUCAAGGCACCUGCGAAUGUUCCAUGGAAGGUCAAGAAACUUGCAACUGAUGUUGCACAUAAGGCUAUUAGUUCAUUAGAAGGUGCAGGUGUGUUUGCAGUUGAGCUAUUUUUGACAAGUGAUGGUCAGAUUUUGCUCAAUGAAGUAGCUCCUAGACCUCAUAAUAGCGGUCAUCACACAAUUGAAUCCUGCUAUACCUCACAGUAUGAACAGCAUCUGCGGGCUGUUGUAGGUCUUCCACUUGGCGAUCCUUCGAUGAAGACUCCUGCUUCUAUCAUGUACAAUUUACUGGGUGAAGAUGAUGGAGAGCCUGGUUUCCACUUGGCUCAUCAACUGAUUGGAAGAGCAUUGAACAUACAAGGGGCUAGUGUUCAUUGGUAUGAUAAGUCAGAAAUGAGAAAGCAACGAAAAAUGGGCCAUAUCACCAUUGUAGGACCUUCUUUGGGCAUAGUGGAAGCAAGACUAGAUUCAAUGUUGAAGGAAGAAGAUUCUGCUAGUCAAUCUGGAGUUUUACCGCGUGUUGGCAUCAUUAUGGGCUCUGAUUCAGAUCUUCCUAUCAUGAAGGAGGCUGCAAGGAUUUUGAAUAUGUUCAAUGUGCCUAAUGAGGUAAGAAUAAUAUCAGCUCACCGGACUCCAGACAUGAUGUUCUCUUAUGCCUCAUCUGCUCGAGAUCGAGGGGUUCAGCUUAUCAUUGCUGGUGCUGGUGGUGCAGCUCACUUACCGGGUAUGGUAGCAUCACUAACUCCUUUACCUGUUAUUGGAGUCCCCGUGCGUCUUUCCACGUUGGACGGAAUGGAUUCACUCCUUUCAAUUGUGCAGAUGCCGCGGGGUGUUCCUGUUGCGACUGUCGCAAUAAACAACGCGACAAAUGCAGGUUUGUUGGCCGUACGGAUGUUAGGGAUAAGCGAUCCUGACUUGUGGAUAAGAAUGACCCAAUAUCAAGAAGACACCAGAGAUGAAGUUAUGAAAAAAGCGGAGAAAUUGCAGCGUGAUGGCUGGGAAUCUUAUUUGAACCCUUGAGCUCAACAAUUUUAAACCACUUUGUGGUGUUGAAUCUGUGAACUUGGUUCCACAUGCAGAAGAACUUAAACUCAACAAGAGGAUGAUGAGUCGGUGAGCAUGUCUGAUACAAAAUUUUGUACCAACAUUGGGGCGGCAUUCUGCAGUGUACCAGUUUUUCAAAUGAUAGAUCUAGGAAAAUUCUUAUUUAUAUUGGAUAUUGAUGUAUCAUAUUCAUUUAUAAUUUAUUUUUCUCACAUUAUGAAAAUGAAUUUUAUGUGAA